AUUUUCCUUGACACGCCCUCUCUCUUCUGCCCAUCUCGGUGCCGAGCGCCCCAGCCCCCUCGCUCCGUCGGUCGUCUUCCUCCUCGAGCGCCGCCACCCCUUCCUCUCCAUCCCGCUGCCGAGCGGCCCCAGCCCGUCUUCCUCCUCGCGCGGGCGUGUCCACCGCAGCUUGUUUGGGCAUCUGUUCGUGCAGUAUGUCGGGGAAGCCAUCUGAUGAUAUGGCUGGUCAAGUGAGGCCUGAAGGAGAUGUUUCAGACGUGAAAGUAGAAACUGCCAACCAGAAUAAAGGAACUGAUAUGCCUUCACCACAGGAAGAGGAGGCAGCAAUCAAGAAAAAAUAUGGUGGAGUACUGCCCAAAAAGUCACCACUUAUAUCCAAGGAUCAUGAGCGAGCUUAUUUUGAUUCUGCUGAUUGGGCUCUGGGCAAGCAAGGAGGACAUCCUAAACCUAAAGGACCACUUGAAGCACUUCGACCAAAAUUACAGCCUACUCAACAGCAAGCCCGUUCACGUCGAUUUCUUCAUGCAUCUGCUGACAAUGAAGAGGGGGGCAAUUCACCCACUGAGGCUACGAGCCAGAACCAGGAUUCCACCGAGGGCAAGGACGAGAGCAAGGAAUGAGUACAUGACGAGUAGCUCCAUGUUUUUUCCCAAACUGAACCAUGCCGUUUGAUAAGCCCGCGCCAUUUUGUGGCUGUAGUAAUAAGUACUCUAAUGCCCCUUAAUGCUCGCUGAAUUUUGAACCGCAUUGGAGACAUGCCGCGUCUACUGCGUUCUGCUGUUCCAUGUCUUGUACCUGUAACGAUUUGUGAUGGAAUUUGGAACAUUUUCGUGGCACUGAGUGUCUGCGCAGACAAAAUAAAAAUGUGAGCCUGUGAGAUGUUUCUUCCU